CUUCAGUUAAAUACCUCCACUAGUCUCACACUUGUCACACUUACUAUAACCGCUGACACGUCAAACAGCGACCGCUUGAUGCCGAACAUCAACGAAGUAUUCCGAACGGCAUUUUACAAUUGUCUUUCACUGCCGGUGGAGCAACUUCUUUUCAGAUCUGUCUCCCGCACACCUUGCUCAUGUGAAGGACAGCGCGGAUGCUCACACCAGAACUACCAACUCUUAACACCAUGGCGGCCGUAACUGUUCCCUGUGCCUUUGGCAAGGCCAUGACCACCUCGGAAGUCAGCACGGGGCAGGGUGAGCAUGUUAGCGGCAAAAAGGAGCCUGAACGCGGGAGCGACCAGAGGAAACGGGAGAGUAGGCUUGUGAGUCAAAACACUAUCCUGGAGAAAACCCAUGAGUUCUUCAAGGUUUGCGACAUUGAGAAAAAGGGCUUCAUCAACCGACAGGACAUGCAGCGGCUGCAUGGCGAACUCCCUCUCAAUGCAGACGAGCUGGAGAAAGUGUUUGACACGCUUGAUUCUGACAGCAAUGGAUAUCUCACCCUCAAUGAGUUCUCCACUGGCUUUAGUGAAUUUCUGUAUGGCAGGAAGAUAUCUUUAACUGAAAGCGUGGAGAAUAAACCACUUUGUACAAAGUCAUCAGAGGUUCUCUACCAAAAUCGGUGGGGAAAGAGCCCUGCAAUUUCAGAGGAUGAGGAGGAGAAACAUUUUUCCAUGCUAAUGGAGAGCCUGGGAGCCAACAAUGUCUUUGAGGAUCCGGCAGAGAUGCGUAGUUUGUGGGCCCAGCUACGCCGGGACGAACCACACCUUUUAUCCAAUUUUGAGGACUUCUUGGCAAGAGUGACAUCCCAGAUCAUCGUUGCAAACCAGGAGAAAAGGGACAUGGAGAGCGCUCUUAAAAGGAAAGCAGCUACACACGAUGAUGAGAUCCAGCACCUUUAUAAGGAAAUGGAGCAGCAAAUCAAGAAUGAAAGAGAUCGCAUUGUGCUGCAGGACGACAAGAGGUUUGUGUCUCACAGUCAAGACCUUGAGAAACAGCUUACCACCAAGGAGAAAGAGUUGGAGCAGCUCUUUCAGAAGCAGAGGAGGCUGGAGCAUCAGUGCAAGGAUCUUCACAACGAGCAACAUGUGACCAAGGUGGAGAACGUGAAGCUGAAGAAGACAAACGAUGAUCUCGCAAAGGAACUGGAUCACACCAGUCAAGAGCUGCUCUCGGCACAGGAACAGCUGGGUCUGCUUCACCAGCAGUACACCUGGGUCCACGAAGAGAAGGAAAUGGAAAUAUACAGACUAACAGAGGGACUGCAGCGAGAGCGAGCAAGCCUUCUCAAACAGUUGGACCUGAUGAGGGAAAUGAACAAACAUUUGCGGGACGAAAAAGACAGUGUCUUUCAGAAACCAAACAAUUGUAUGAGAACAGGAUUCCAGCCAAAGUCUUUACCUAAUGUUGGGACAUACACUUACUUACCGUCUUGCCCAGAGAUAAUCAGAGGUUCCCUUCAGAGGAUCAUCUCCAUUGAGGAGGACCACCUGCCACACUUGCUGCAGCCCCAAUCGCCUCUUGAACCAUUUACUGAAGGAGAGGAAUCAACCGACCAGGAGGAAUGUAUAGACUUGGUGAUGAGCGAUAUUUACCCAUCUUCUGCUCAGCCGCAGCGGUCAGAAGGAAUUGGAGAAACAAGUCAGAUUGCAACGUCUCUGAGGUGUCAACCCAUUGGCAAGGAGACUAGCAUAAAUGAGGAAGGUGAACCAUCACCGCCUGACCGCCUCUUCAAGAUUGUCCUGGUGGGGAACUCCAGUGUCGGAAAGACCUCCCUCCUGCGACGGUUUUGUGACGACUGCUUUCACCCUGACACCUCUGCCACUGUUGGUAUAGACUACAGUGUGAAGGCUAUAAUAGUCGACAACAGCCAGGUGGCGUUGCAGAUCUGGGAUACAGCGGGACAAGAAAGGUAUCGAAGCAUAACCAAGCAAUUUUUCCGCAAAGCUGACGGUGUGGUUGUGAUGUACGACAUAACAGUUGAGCAGAGCUUCACAGCAGUCAGACACUGGCUGACAAGUGUCAAGGAAGGAGCUGGGGACAGCAUCGCUUUAAUGUUGUUGGGAAACAAAACUGACAUACAGAUUGAAAGACAAGUUCAGAAAUCAGUGGGUGAAAUGCUAGCAAAGGACUGUCAGAUGACUUUCUUUGAGUGCAGCGCACGCUCGGGACAUAAUGUAAUGGAGGCCAUGUUUCAUCUGGCCAGGAUCCUAAAAGACCAAGAGGACCGAGAGAAAGAGAAAUCUGUUCGGCUAGUAAGCAGCUCUCUGGAGAAGAAGAAAUCCUGCUGCUAACAGAUAACAUACACACACAUACACACGCACAUUGUGUCAUUAUUGUUUUGUCAACACACCUGUUUCUAUAGGGCGCUCAUACACACGUACCAUAGAUUUGAUUACACUAUGAUCAACCCAAUUAUUUCCCAGAAGUUUUAUGUCAUCAGACAAUGAUGUAAAAUAACUAGAUGAAAUACUGGUUGACUUUAAUAUUUUUAAAGGUUUCCAAAAGUAAACUUUUAUCUAUCACAUGCAAGCUUUUAACUAUGUAAUGUAUUUUUGUAAUGAUUUCGAGUAGGUUCUUGACAUGAUUUGAUUGGUUUUUCAGUACACACAAUGUGUUGAACAUCAUAUUCGUAAAAUCAAUUAUUGUCAUUUUGUCUUGAGGUCACUUUUGUGUAUUUUAAGCUCACAUUGUUUUGUAUGAUUUAGCAUAAAAUCAUAUAAGCAUAUAAUCCACUGGGUUCAUCCAAAUGCUGUCAUAAGAAAAAAUUAGCAUUUACUGUGUGUCUAUUUUGUUUUAUAAUAUUUCAUGUUUCUGGCUUCUUCCUCAUGUUGUUUGUUUGCUAUGUUCACAUGGAUUAUUUGGUCAGAAGGAAAAUAAUAUUUUUUCUUACGGCCAAAUUGGGUUGAUUUGUAAAGAAAAAAUAUUUACAUCAGAUGCACCUAAUCUCCUUGCCAAGUAUGCGAUACACACAACAGUACAUCUUUUUAUUAUGUAAUGCCAAGUACGGUAAGUUGUGACAUUUGUAUGUGAUUUUCAAGUUUGUUAUUCACUCGCUAUUGUCGGGUUACUACAGUCACUGUCCUGCACAUCACUUUAAUGUACAAUGUAGAUAUUUAAUUAG